AUGGCAAACUUUUACCUCUUCUUUCUGCUUGGCCUGGCAGCUGCCAAGUCUCCAGUCGUUGAUCUGGGAUAUACAAGCUACGAGGGCCGUUCACUUGCCAGUGGUGUUUCGCAGUGGCUUGGGAUGCGCUACGCUGCUCCUCCAGUGAACGAAUUGCGCUUUGCAGCACCCCAGGACCCUCUUUCGCAAGAAGGAGUUCAACAAGCAACCCAACAUGGUGCCUUCUGUAUUCCCGUCGCCAACAGUCUCAACACAGCUGUGCCCCAUGGGUCCUCAGAAGACUGCCUGUUCCUAGAUAUUUACGCCCCCACGGAGGCUGUCCAGGCAAACAAGAAAUUACCAGUGUACUUCUUUAUUCAAGGUGGGGGCUUUGCGUCUCUGUCAAAUCAGAAUUAUAACGGUACCGGCUUGGUCGAGGCCUCGGACUUGAAUAUUGUCGUCGUCACUUUCAAUUACCGUGUGGGGCCUUACGGCUUUCUCGCCGGUGAAGAAGUUGAGAAUGGAGCCAGUCUAAACAAUGGUCUGAAAGAUCAGAUCAAGGCUCUCGAGUGGGUGCAAAAACAUAUUAGCAAGUUCGGUGGUGACCCUGACCACGUUGUCAUCGGCGGCGACAGUGCAGGUGGUGCAUCGGUGACCCUCUUACUCUCCGCAUAUGGCGGACGCAACGAUAAACUAUUCAUCGGCGCCGCAGCCGAAUCUCAAAGCUUUGCAAACAUGCUCAAUGUCUCUGAAAGCCAAUUCGCAUACGACAAACUAGCCACUCGUACAGGCUGUAACACGAACAGCGACUCCCUUGCCUGUCUUCGCAAGCUAGACAUCAGUGCCCUCCAAGCGCAAAACAUUCGCACCCCUUACCCGGGAGCACCAGGAGACCCACUGUACUUAUACGGCCCAACCGUCGACGAAGAUCUCGUUCAAGAUCACACAUUGAAACUCUUCCACGAAGGAAAAUUCAUCAAAGUCCCUGUGAUAUUCGGCGACGACACAAACGAAGGCACAAUCUUCGUCCCAAAAGGCACCGCCAGCGUCACCGAUGCAGACAACUUUCUCAAAGACCAAUUCCCAACUAUCACACAAGCCCAACUCUCCAAAAUAAACAGCAUGUACCUCACCGAGGACCAGAAGCAGGACUUCCCAAACGCAAAACCCUACUGGCGUCCCGCGAGCAACGCCUACGGCGAAAUACGGUACAUCUGUCCCGGCAUAGACAUGUCCUCCGUCUACGCCGCCGCCAACCUCCCCAGCUGGAACUACCACUACGCAGUUCUGGAUCCCUGGUCCGAGGGUAACGGCACGGGAGUCAGCCACACGGUCGAAGUCAAUGCGAUCUGGGGACCGCAGUACGUGAGCGGUGUACCGCCGGAUUCGUACUGGAAUAUUAAUGCCAAUAUCGUGCCCGUGAUGCAGGGGUAUUGGACUAGUUUUGUGAGGUCGCUGGAUCCGAAUACGCAUCGGUACCCUGGGAGUCCGGAGUGGAAGACUUGGGGAACGGGGGAUGAUGCGUAUAAGAGGAUUUUCAUUCGGACGAAUGAGACGAGGAUGGAGAGUGUGCCGCAGGCGCAGCGGGAUAGGUGUAAAUAUUUGAUUGGUAUUGGGGAGAGUUUGAGGCAGUAG